AUGCCGCUGUUCGGGAAAAAAGAUUCGGGCAAGAAAAUACGCAAGGACGUGAAGGAUGGAUGCGAAAAGUUGCCCAGCAUCGAUGACAAGUACGUCAUCAAGGAGCUGCUCGGGACCGGUGCGUUCUCGGAGGUGCGGCUGUGCGAGCACAAAGAAACGGCCCAGCAGUACGCCGUGAAGAUUAUCGACAAGAAAGCGCUCAAGGGCAAGGAAGAUUCGCUGGAGAAUGAGAUCCGUGUGCUGAAGCGGUUCAGCGCCCGGAGAAGCGACGGGAGCGGCGUACAGAGUACGGGGCCACCGAUCGGUGGUCCCCGGUUUGCGCACCCAAACAUUGUGCAGCUGCUGGAAACGUUCGAGGACAAAUCGAAGGUGUAUCUGAUCAUGGAGCUGGUGACGGGCGGUGAACUGUUCGAUCGGAUUGUGGAGAAGGGUUCGUACACCGAGCGGGACGCGUCAAACCUGAUCCGGCAGGUGCUGGAAGCGGUGGACUAUAUGCACGAGCAGGGCGUCGUGCAUCGGGACCUGAAGCCGGAAAAUCUACUCUACUACAGCCCGGCGGAAGAUAGCAAGAUCAUGAUCAGCGAUUUCGGCCUGUCGAAGAUGGAAGAUUCCGGGUUUAUGGCGACGGCGUGCGGUACACCCGGGUAUGUGGCGCCCGAAGUACUCGCGCAGAAACCGUACGGCAAGGCUGUGGACGUAUGGAGCAUAGGCGUCAUCUCGUACAUACUGCUGUGCGGGUACCCACCGUUCUACGACGAGAACGAUGCGAACCUGUUCGCCCAGAUUUUGAAGGGCGAGUUCGAGUUUGAUUCACCGUACUGGGACGAAAUUAGUGAUUCGGCGAAAGAUUUCAUCCGCAACCUGAUGUGUGUGAAUGUGGAGAGGCGAUUCACGUGCAAGCAGGCGCUCGCCCAUCCAUGGAUAUCGGGCAAUGCGGCAAGCAGCAAGAACAUCCACGGCACCGUGUCCGAGCAGCUGAAGAAGAACUUUGCCAAAUCGCGCUGGAAGCAGGCCUACCAUGCGGCAACCGUUAUACGGCAGAUGCAACGAAUGGCGCUAAGCAGUGGGGGCAGCGGUACGGGUAGCGGUGCGUACGGCCGCAGCUCGUCGCGGAUAAGCAAUGCACCGGCGGACGGAACUAACUCGGGUGCGGCCGACGAACGGCCAGCCGGACAGACGGACACUACUGCAUCGAGCAGUAAGUAA